AUGACUUUUGACGCUCUUGUUACAGAAAAGAACACAGCUCGUUCGUUGUAUAAGGAAAUAGAAUCGGUUAGAAAACGCACAAAUGAUAUUGAUUUAACUAGUGCAGCAAUAGAUGUCUCUCCAUUACCAGAUCAUAGGCUUAGUCUUCGAAAUCAUGACACAUUGAAGGGGCACAUAGACAAAGUAGUAGAUAUUGAUUGGAGUUCAGAUUCUUCUCGAUUAUUGUCUGGAUCACAAGAUGGGUUAAUGUUAUUGUGGGAUCCUGUUUCAGGUUAUAAGAAACAUGUUAUCCCACUUCAAAACCAAUGGAUAUUAACAUGUGCUUAUUCUCCAAAAAGGAACUAUAUUGCCUCAGCAGGCCUAGACAAUGCAUGUACUAUCCAUAGAGUUCAUAAAGAUCCUGAGUAUGGUGAAUCAUUUUCGACACUGUCCGUUUUCAAAGGACAUACUGCUUAUAUAUCAGCUUGCCAAUUCCUUUCAGAUGAUUGCAUUGUCACUGGUUCUGGUGAUAUGACAUGUGCACUUUGGGAUUGUAAACGAGCCACGAAAAGUAGAGAUUUUGUUGAUCAUUUAGGAGAUAUACUUUGUUUGAGUACUAAUGUAGAGUCUCAAAUGAAUCCAAAUAUAUUUGUAUCUGGAGCAGCUGAUGGGUAUGCAAGAGUGUGGGACGUUCGUCAACAGCCAUCUUCUCAAAGCUUCUACACCUCUGGAACGGAUAUAAAUUGUAUUAGAAUGUUCCCCAUGGGACAUACUUUUGCUGCUGGGUCCGAUGAUGGAGUUAUACGUCUUUAUGAUAUGAGAGCAGAUUGUCAAAUAUCAACAUUUAGUCUUCAUGAUGAAAUGAAGGCAUUUGCUUCGCAGCUGCAGGUUUAUAGAGAAACACAAGGAAAUUCAUUUGGCGGAUCUCCGGAAAGAUCGAGUAUAAACACUUCAUAUUCUUCAUUAUAUUCACCAGGGGUAAAUUCUCUCGAUUUUAGUAGACUGGGUCGUAUAUUAUUUUCAUGUUACGCUGAUUAUGGCUGUGUUAUGUGGGAUGUUCUUAAAUGUGAAGCAGUUGGAAUGUUAGGAGGUCAUCAAAGUAAAAUAAGUCAGGUUAGAAGCAGUCCUGAUGGAAUGGCAAUUGCAACUGCUCUGUGGGAUUCAACAAUCAAAAUUUGGGCUGUAUGA